AUGGGUGCUAGUCUCUGCGUUCUGUGUCACCUAAUAUCAGACCAAAACAACAAAUCCUGUGCCAGAGAUGACAACAAUUUGAAGAAGAAAAAAAAAGAAGGAAGAUUUUGCAAGAUUUUGAAAAGAAAGAUGGAGAUGGAGAGAGAAGAGAAGAAGGCUCAAAAUCUGACCCUAGAAGAUUGGAUUCUAGCUUCUCCUGGUUUGAAACCAGACUACAUUAUAAGUUCAGGCGAAGUCUCGUUCUCAUCUAAGCAUUCCAAGAAAAAAGUGCACCCUUGCGGGAGUCAAUGCCGUGGAUCAUUGAUAGCUGAAACCAAAGACAGUUUAUGCUUGAACAGACCCGUGAACCAUCACGAAGAAGGUGGUGAAGAAAUGCUCAGUUCCACAUCCUUAAUGGUGAAAUCAAAGAGAGUGAGGUUUAAACUGCCUCAUAUUGUCAUAUGUUACUCACCCGAUGAGCCUUGUCUGUCAGAAGAGGCUUAUUAUAGUAGUGAAAAUGAAGAGUCGUUUUACUCAUCAAUCUGCAGCGAAUAUUCGAUUGACUCUUCUGGUGGAGAACCCUUUUUCAGACUCGCAGUGGAUACUCUCCCUCAUGUAUCUGUCUCUUCCAAAAUUUGA